UGCAACGAAAAGGUAUCGAGGAGUCAUUCACUUGUUGCCUCACUUUGGUCUUGGUUCACCUUGAUUUUAAUUACACGAGUUUUUUCUAUUCAACAUGGCCAGCAGACCUCGUGGAUAUGGCAUGUCUGCCGAAGCAGCUCGCAAAAUCGCUGGCAAAUACAGCGAUGAGCAGGAAGAGGAGGCGAGAGUCUGGAUCGAGGCUGUAUUGGGAGAGGAAUGCUUUGGCGGGGAAACUGGAGCCGAAAAUGUUCAACGACGUCUGAAAGACGGAAAGAUUCUGGCGAGAUUGGCAAUCAAACUUGGCGCCAAGUUUAAAGUCAAUGAACAGAGCAUGCCUUUCAAGCAGAUGGAAAACAUUUCAAAUUUCUUGAGCUUCAUCGAAAACACGCUUGGAGUCGCUGCUGUAGAUUUAUUCCAGACUGCCGAUCUUUAUGACAACCAGAAUAUGGCUCAAGUGGUUUCGUGUAUCCAUGCAGUUGGACGCAAGUCCAACGCAAAGGGCCUUAACGUGCCUCAGCUUGGUCCCAAGGAAGCCGAAGCGAACCCACGAGAGUUUACCGACGAACAACUCCGAGCUGGUGAAGGAAUACUUUCCGCUCAAGCCGGACCCGCCCAAGACCAAGUAGCGUCUCAGUCCGGUGACCACUAUGGGCGUGGACGUCAAAUCACUGACGUUUACAAAUAAACAGCAAAAUAUCGUUAAAAAAGCUUAAAAUAAGAGGAACACCAAGUCUGAAUAAUCCAUAUUGUUAGUAUAGUUCUGACCUUAAAAUGAUUAAAUUGGCUUCAAGUGAGAAUAUUUUGCGGGAUCCCUGUGUAACGAAGUGUUGAAGAACUUGAGCGAAGGCUAUUAUUAUCGUUUCCAGGGUCAACCAGUUUAACUUGGUAACGAGGCUGAAUUCAAUAGGGCAAGAAAUUGAAUAAAAAUUAUUACUGUGGUAUUGA